CUGUCAAAGAGGGAAAAAACAAAGUCCUUCAAUUUUCGUUGCCGUAGAAAUUAAAAUAUCUAAAAACCAAAGGACUCGUGGUCCUGCGAAACCCACUCGCGGGUCACAUCCCCCGUAGGCUUGUCUAGGUUGCCAUAGAGCCUUUCGAAAAGCAUCCAAUACGCUGCUGACCAAAAUGAACAAAGUAGACGAGGGUGCCCUAUCCCGGAUGCUUUCAUCGUACUGGGACCCUACGACGACGAAAAAAGACGUAAUAAACGCGCUACGCAUCUAUCAUGGUUUGCAGCAUCGAGUGGAAGAGUACGUGUUCAACGAUGGCAGCACCAAAAUGUUGCUCAACCUUCACGGGACGAUUCCGGUGAAGUUCAAGGGCAACACGUACAACAUUCCGAUCUGCAUCUGGCUGAUGGACACAUACCCGAAGAAUGCUCCGAUCUGCUACGUGAAACCGACGCCCGAUAUGCGAAUCAAGGUUUCGUCGUUCGUUGAUUUCAACGGGAAAAUCUAUCUGCCAUAUCUGCACGAGUGGGAUCCGAGAAAUGCUGACCUAUUGGAUCUGAUUCAAAUCAUGAGUGUAACGUUCGGAGAUGUACCACCAGUUUAUUCCAAGGGACCAGAUACCUACCCCAAACAGCAACCUUAUAUGCCUCCGAUGCCACCUACCACUAGCACCCCGUACAUGCAACCAUAUCCUCAGCAACCAGGUGGAUUCCCACCGUAUCCAGUACCGGGAGCAGGUCCAGGAUAUAAUGGCUAUGGACAGCCACCCGGUGCACAGGGAGCAUCAGGGCAAGGAUAUCUACCGUACGCAGGAGCAGGCGGUGCCGGUGGCGGCGGAAUGCCUCCUUACCCACCCGUUCCGGGUUCUAUCUCAUCGACGCCUCUGAACCAGGGAACGGGGACCAUCACCGAGGAACAUAUCCGGGCAUCGUUAAUCAGUGCGGUGGAGGAUAAACUGAAGCGUCGCGUGCACGAAAAGGUGAACCAGUGUCAGGCUGAAAUACAGACCCUGAAGAGGACGCAGAUGGAGCUGAACGAGGGACAGACCAAGAUUCAGGACAUCAUGACACGGCUGCAGCGUGACGAGCAGGAACUCACGAAGAGCAUCACGGUGCUGAAGGACAAGGAGAAGGAACUGGAACGGGCACUCGAAUCCAUCGAACAGGUGGACACGAUCGAUGUCGACGAAGCGGUCACCACGACGGCUCCACUUUACAAACAAUUACUGAAUGCCUACGCCGAGGAAGCGGCCAUCGAGGAUGCGACGUAUUUCAUCGGUGAAGCCCUGCGAAGCGGGGUGAUCGAUUUAGAGGUGUUUCUCAAGCAAAUCCGGCAGCUGUCCCGCAAGCAGUUUAUGCUACGUGCCCUGAUGCAAAAGUGCCGGCAAAAGGCGGGUCUGAUAGCCUAGGGCAGUCGGCACCGCAACCCUGCGUGUUCUAGAGGGUGAUCAUAUUACGUCCACUAUCCUCUUCAUAGGACGUUCCCAUUCGCAAAUGAUUAUGUUCGUGUCUGUGUUUUUUGUGCUUCAAGUUCUCGUGCCUCCCUUCGUUGCGUUGCGUAGGAUUAAGCUACCGCAGCAAGCCAUCAGCUAUAUUCAGCCUACCACCACCUAUCGUGAUAUUGUUUAUCUUCUCGGUUAUCAGCCUCUGCGAAUAAUAAAGAUUCUAUCCAUUUCAGAAAUAUCGAAA